ACCUGUUCCAAUGGAAAAUCUCUGGAGAUAUAUUUCAUGCAUGGUGUUCAUCCUGAUACAUGGAGUAUAUUUUGCCAGUGCUACUUUGGACCCAAUGGAACCUGAUGGCAAUAUAACAGUGAAGUGGGACAUUUUGUCUUGGACAGAUGAUGGCUACAAUGCAUUGGUGACAAUUUCUAAUUAUCAACAGUACAGACACAUUGAGUAUCCAGGGUGGAGUUUAGGAUGGAGUUGGAGAGGCAAGGAAGUUAUAUGGGAUAUGUUGGGUGGUGAAGCAACCGAGCAGGGAGAUUGUUCUGCUUUCAAAGAAAAUAGCAUUCCCCAUUCUUGCAAAAGACAUCCCAUAAUAGUAGACUUAUUGGCCACUGUUAGUAAUAAUGUAAAAAUAGAAAAUUGCUGCAGGGGAGAUGUUUUGUCAUCCACUGUACAAAACCCACAGAAUUCUGUGGCUGCUUUCAAGAUCUGAGUGAGAGCUGCAGGCACUUCUAAAAAUACAGUGCUUGUACCUUCUAAUUUUUCAUUGAAAGGGCCUAACAUGGUUUAUUCCUGCAAUCCUACCACACAAGAACAAUCAAGCCAUUUCCCUACACCUAGCGGACAAAGACAAACACAAGCCUUAAGUAUGUAUAUAGUAUCUGUUUUCUAUAUCUCUUAAUUAAAUAUUUCAUUUUCUCC